GACAAACGCUAGUAAGAAAGAUGGCCUCAUCUAUCCAUACCAUAUACCGCCCACUUGCCCGCUCACGGCGAGAGAGGGUGCCCGCUACACGUAGUAAAUCCGGGAAGCUGUCCUCAGUCUCUGACGCGGAAGAUGAGCCAGCGCCCGAAGAGCCCGUAGUGUUAGAGGAAGAGCUUGAAGACGAUUUUGAACAAACGGUAGACCGAUUCACUCCGGGCCCGGAGCAGGGCAUGGAUAGCCCGAGGAUGCCACUGUCUCCUCUGCCAGAGCUCGACUUCUUGGAGUCGAACACAAAGUCGCACCCCUCUCGGUCUGGUAGUAUGGCAACUGUGAAGCUGCAGAGACGAGCCCGUUUGGCUGAGAAAUUACGGGAAGUGUUCGAUGUGCCUGGAAUUCAGGAGGUCAUUGCAGAGAUGCCGUGUUGGCUACUUAGAUCCAUCUUGCUGCAAGGCUAUAUGUAUCUCACAGAUUCAUGUCUGUGCUUCUUCGCGCAUAUGCCAUCACGAGAAGAUCAGGUCUUGAAAUCUGGCUGGCUGAGCAAACGAGCUACGCGUACCAAGCGCUGGAUUAAGCAUUGGUUCAUUCUCAAGAAUGACGUAUUGUCAUGGUACCAAUCGUCCUCUGAUCCUUACUUCCCGCAUGGUGUCGCGGACCUUCGCUACGCGAUCACGUGUGAACCUACAGGAGAGCGUGACAUCCGCAUCAGGACGAAUCAAAGGACAAUCAAGCUGUCGGCUGAUUCAGUUCCAAGUCGUGAUGAAUGGGUUAAGGCUAUACGGAAGGUGAUGUUCAAGGCCCAGAAUUCGGGCGAUAGCGUGAAGAUUGCUAUCCCAUACUCCGCCAUUGUGGAUGUAGAGAAGUCAUCUGCCAUGGACUUCAGCGAGACGAUUGAAGUCAAAGCUGUCGACAAGAACGAAGCUUACUCCAUUGACUCAUACUUCUUUGCAUACUUUCACGACCUCCCAGCGGCCCUUGAGCAGAUUCGUGAUGCUGUAAGAGCUUACCGCAGCGCUCCUGGCGGCUCAUCAUCGCCUCCAGUGAUUGAUACUACUGUAUCCCGGGUGCCCCAGGCAGCACAUCAAUUGUCUCAGAGCCCAGCUACACUACCUCCUGUGCCUCAAGUACCAAAGUCGCCUUCGCAUUUUUCCUUCCGAUUCACGUCUCUUCUUCGACCACUACAAGACUCGUUGCCCUUAAUGCGCGGAUAUAGUGCCCCCGGAUACGUCUCCCGGUCUCCAGAGAACGAGGAGUAUACCCAUGUCUCCCGCAAAAGCGGCUCCUGUUUUGUACCCAUCACCACACCUCCGGCGCCGAUUCAACCCCCGUCUUUGUCUGGCCCACGGUCACCGGGUCUGACACCGACUUCGCCUAAUUUUGGACAUGCCCAUACAUACCCACCAUCAACGUCAGCAUCCUUUACUUCUGCGCCCGCAUCCUCGCUAACGUCGAAGGAGAGCAGCACCUGGGCGGUGGGCGUGCCUACAUGGCUAAAGACCGGCUCGAAGAAACUGCUAUCGUCGGCUUCGUUUGCAACUAGCUUAGGCGGCCUCAGACUAACCGUGGAGCACUCUGCUUCUGCGCCGCCCGCGACAGGUCCCGGAGUUUCGGAGAUACUUUCCACCCAGAGUCACCUCUCAGAGAGCAGUAGCGGGGACUUCGGAUACUUCAGUAUUCUUGAAACACCAGAAACUGCGAUGGACGAGGAGACCAUAGAGAAGUUCCGCACAGCCUUCGCGUUUGAUGAGAAAGAGAAGCUGCUAGGAUGUUUUCAGGGUUAUAUCUUUCGUCUCUUACCUGUAUACGGGCGGCUUUAUAUCUCAAGCAGCUACUUUGCCUUCCGCUCGUCUGGCCCCUUGACAUCGCGGACCACCAUGAUCCUACCCAUCCGUGAUAUUCUCUCGACUCAGCCAACGAAAGCUUUCCGAUUUGGCCAUCAUGGUCUGGUGGUCAUUGUCCGGGGCCACGAGGAAUUGUUCUUCGAGUUCUCCGACGAGCUGCGACGAGCCGCAUUCGUACGCUUACUGGAGAAGCAGAUAGAGGAAGUACGACAUCACGCUGGGUCGGGCGACGCGACGCAACCUACCACCGGUGAACUUGAUGCUCUUAUCCUGGAAGAGUUUGGCCCUCGUACAUCUGUCCUCACUGAUGCUGAGCCGGUUACCGAGCCAGAUGGCAUGGACAGCUCGCUACCUGCUGUGAUGUUCACAUCCACGUCGUCGACAUUCUUGACGUUCAAGCCCAACAAGUCGCUGCACUUCACAUUCCUGACAAUAGGAUCUCGCGGAGAUGUGCAACCAUAUAUUGCGCUCGCGAAAGGCUUGAUGGCCGACGGGCAUCGAGCUCGAAUAGCUACCCACGGAGAGUUCAAGGAGUGGGUCGAGUCGCAUGGCAUCGAGUUCGGCUACGUGGGCGGUGAUCCGGCAGAGCUUAUGAGAAUAUGUGUGGAGAACGGGACAUUUACUGUCGCCUUCUUGAGGGAAGGCAUGCAGAAAUUCCGCGGUUGGAUCGAUGACUUGCUCAAGACGUCCUGGGAAGCAUGUCAAGGCACUGAUGUCCUCGUGGAAAGUCCAAGUGCCAUGGGUGGCAUACACAUAGCGGAAGCUCUGCGGAUACCGUACUUCAGAGCGUUCACAAUGCCUUGGAGCCGUACAAGGGCAUAUCCACACGCUUUUGCCGUCCCCGAACAUAGGAUGGGAGGCAACUACAAUUAUAUGACCUACGUGCUAUUCGAUCAGGUAUUCUGGCGUGGUACUGCUGGCCAGGUUAACCGCUGGCGCCGCCACACACUGGGUCUUCCAAGUACGAGUCUCGACAAGAUGGAGCCUCAUAAGGUUCCGUUUUUGUACAACUUCAGUCCUGUUGUUGUACCCCAGCCGCUGGACUGGCCAGAAUGGAUCCGCAUCUCUGGCUACUGGUUCUUGGACGACGCUAGUGUGAGCUCGCAAAAGUGGAUUCCGCCACCUGAUUUGGUCGAGUUCAUCGCCAAUGCGCACAAAGAGAACAAGAAGGUCGUUUAUAUCGGCUUUGGCAGCAUCGUAGUAUCGGACCCUAAAGCAAUGACGCGCUGUGUCAUCGAUGCCAUCGUGCAGAGUGGUGUUUACGCGAUUCUCUCCAAGGGCUGGUCUGAUCGCCUUGUCAAGAACGUUGCAGAUGCAGGCGAGCCACCAGAGCCAUUGCCGAAACAGAUCUAUCCUAUCUCAUCGAUCCCACAUGACUGGCUCUUCAAGCGUGUCGACGCGGCGUGUCAUCAUGGUGGCGCUGGUACUACCGGCGCGAGUCUGAGAGCUGGUAUUCCGACUAUCAUCAAGCCAUUCUUCGGCGAUCAGUACUUCUGGGCUGAUCGUGUCGAGGCUCUUGGUGUCGGGUCUGCGGUCCGCAAGCUUACCGUGCAAAGUCUUACCGACGCACUCAUCACUGCGACCACUGAUCAGAAGCAAGUUCAACGAGCGAAGGAGAUCGGGGAACAGAUUCGCGCGGAAAACGGUGUUGCCACUGCGAUCGAGGCUAUCUACCGCGAUCUCGAAUACGCUCGCUCGCUGAUUAAGGGUCUUCCCCAUGAAGACGAAACAGACCUCUCCACUCUCCGUGGACGCCCAACACACUCUCGAUCAAACUCCUCACCUGGCCACAAGUCGACCCACAGCUCUGCUAGCUCCGCUCACGGUGGCACUAUCAGUGACUGGAGCGUUAUUUCUGAUCAAGAGGACUGAUCACCUCACGCAACCAAGGUUUCACCCCCGCUCGCCAUUCUUUGAUUCCUGAACACCUCUCACACUUUUCCACCAUAACGGACGCUGACUUACUGUGUCUUAUUUAUCCAUAAUGCCCUUCAUAUCUACCUUUACCUGAUCAUCGUCGCUUUCUGUACAACACCGUGUAACUAUUCAUAAUACAUAGAUCACAUCGCCGCAUUUUCUCUGCCGUAGUGUUCGUCGAAGAUCCGCUUGCUGAACUGCCCGAAGUUCUCGGUGUUCGACAGCUGCUGGUUAACAUUUGGCUGCAUGAAGAGCGCAAACGUCUCGCGCGAAAUACGUGACGCGUGCGCUGUGUCGCCUCCGCCACCGACACGUACGCAGUGCGGUGUUGCCCGCAGGCGGCCUGCGGUGGCGAGCUCGAGGGCCUCGCCCGUCUGGAAGGCGAGGCAGUCGGCUGGUAUUGAGACUUUGGUGAGGUCGCCGCCACGGGUGCGGAUGUAGAGACCCGAAGUAGGAGAGGGCGACUGAACAACUUUGGGAUCCUCCGACGGGUUCUUCGGUGCCUCAAGGUACAUUGCCUACAACCAUGUCAG